AGAAUUUAAAAAAAACCAUACUGAAAUUAAUAUAAUUUGUGUAAAAGAGAAGAUUAUGCCAUCCCUUCUUCCUUCCCUCUUCCAUUUUUUAUUUUUAUUUUUAUUUUAUUUUUUUCAUUUUAAUCCUUUUUUUUCAGUUUCUUAAAUAUAUUAAAUAUGGGCCUAUCGAUCUGAUGAGUUUACUUUUUUGAUCUAUAUAAUUUUUAAAAUCUCUAAUCUUCUUCAUCAAACCCUUUUGUAUUGAUAUAACAAUUUUGCUUUUCUUUCAAUCUUUGAAAUUUAAAAGAUCUGAUUUUUCAUUACCUUUUUGAGAGAAUUGGUUGAAGAUUUAACUUCCGAUUAUUUCCGAUGAGGAAAGGAAGAGGAGCCGCCGCGGCUGCCGAUGCAGCGAUGAAACCGGCGGUAGAAGCCAACGGAUCGGUCAAAGAACUAAGGUACAGAGGUGUUAGGAAAAGACCAUGGGGAAGAUUUGCAGCGGAGAUUAGAGAUCCCUUGAAAAAAACUAGGGUUUGGCUAGGGACCUUCGAUUCGGCCGAAGAAGCUGCUCGAGCCUAUGAUGCGGCGGCGAUUACCUUCCGUGGAAACAAAGCGAAAACGAAUUUCCCUUUUAAUUCCUCCGAUUUCCCUGCUUUCGGAAUAGAUCGUCAUCAUCGUCGGAACAACGAAGGAUUUAUCGCCGACGGCCACCGGUUUCAUCAGACGGGCGGCUAUUAUGAAGAUCCGGAAGUGAACCCGCAGAGACCGGCGAGGAGUAGCAUGAGUAGCACGGUGGAGUCGUUUAGUGGUCCGAGACCUACCCAACCACCGCGAAAACCAUCAGAUUUCGAGGCGGUUUCGACAAGGAAAUACCAUCCCAAGAUGCCGCGGAUGGCGCCGGAGGAUUGUCGUAGUGACUGUGAUUCGUCGUCGUCGGUCGUCGAUGACGGGGAUGACGAUAACGUGUCGUCUUCGCGUCGGAAAAUCUUGCCUUUCGAUCUCAAUUUUCCACCGUUGGAUGAAGUCGAUGAUCUCACCUUAUGUCUCUGAUCAGCGAAACCGAGUCCUUCGUGCUACGUUCGUGUGGAUCAUACAAGAGACCUCCAAAGAUCGUUAUCAAGUCCGACUGGCAAUCACCCGAGGGAGAAAAAAUGUAAACUAUUCUCCUUCAAUCCAAAAAAAUUCGAAAAAUGAAAAAGGCAGGAAAUCGAAGUGCAUUUGUGUAAGAACUUUGUUCAAUAUAGUUCAACCAUUCUCUUCUGCAAUAUUUGACCUAA